AUGAAGGGCAACAAAGGACCUGUUGGUGAUAAAGGACCUAAAGGUGGCAAGGGACCUGGUGGAAAUUCUCAACCUAAAGGACCUAAUGGCGAUAAAGGGCUAAGCGGUGAGAAAGGAAUGAAGGGCAACAAAGGACCUGUUGGUGAAAAAGGACCUGAAGGUGGCAAGGGACCUGGUGGAAAUUCUCAACCUAAAGGACCUAAUGGCGAUAAAGGGCUAAGCGGCGAGAAAGGAAUGAAGGGCAACAAAGGACCUGUUGGUGAUAAAGGACCUAAAGGUGGCAAGGGACCUGGUGGAAAUUCUCAACCUAAAGGACCUAAUGGCGAUAAAGGGCUAAGCGGCGAGAAAGGAAUGAAGGGCAACAAAGGAUCUGUUGGUGAUAAAGGACCUAAAGGUGGCAAGGGACCUGGUGGAAAUUCUCAACCUAAAGGACCUAAUGGCGAUAAAGGGCAAAGCGGCGAGAAAGGAAUGAAGGGCAACAGGACUUAA